CACUUGCCAAAUCCAAAUCUCACCGACGCGUGAAAAUCGAAAUCCCAGCAAAAAUAUCUACCAAAUCUUCUCUCUCUAAACCCCAAAUGGCCGCUCCGGCGACUCUCCCCAUCUCCAACCCCCAAUCCGAAUCUCAGCCCCCGAUCGCCACCCCCGCCUUCCGCGCCUUCAUCUCCCGCCUCAAUUCCAACAUCCGCAACGGCCUCGCCCAGCGCCGCCCCUGGCUCGAGCUCCUCGACCGCUCCUCCUUCUCCCGCCCCGACUCCCUCUCCGACGCCGCCUCUCGCAUCCGCAAAAACUUCUCCUAUUUCCGCGUCAAUUACGUCUCCCUCAUCGCCCUCUCCCUUGCCCUCUCCCUCUUCUCCCAUCCCCUCUCCCUCCUCGUCCUCCUCGCCCUCCUCGCCGCCUGGAUCUUCCUCUACCUCUUCCGCCCCGCCGAUCAGCCGCUCGUCCUCGCCGGCCGCACCUUCUCCGAUCCCGAAACUGUGGGGAUUCUGGUGGUUUCCACCAUAGUCGUGGUCUUCCUCACCAGCGUCGGAUCUCUGCUCAUCUCCGCAUUGCUCCUCGGCCUCGCCGUGGUCUGCACGCACGGCGCGUUCCGGAUGCCUGAGGAUUUGUUCUUGGAUGAUCAGGAGCAGGUCAACACCGGCUUCCUCUCGUUUCUAGGCGGCGCCGCCUCCUCUGCCGCCGCGGCUGCUGCUCCUACGGUUGUCGCAGCGCGCGUCUGAUUGUAGAUCUGGUGCGGAGAUCAACACACGAGGUAAUAUGUGGAAGUGAAUUGAAUUUUACUCGGAAAAUAUUUGUGAUUCAUCCGUUGUUGUGAUGGACAUGUGUAGUUAGGGUUUCUUGUUUGCAAUUCAGGAUACUUUACCAAUGUCUAUCAAUGUAAUUGUUUUGGAUCGAUUUAUGUUUAAUAUUUCUUCAUUAAUGGAUUUUGCUCCUUUGAA